AUGGGCUUGGGAGAAGAUUUGCUUAUUGGUGGUGCGCUAGGCUUGGGUGCCUAUGAACUGUACCAUCAUCAUCGAUACGGUACUUGGGGUUUUGGAAAUCCUUAUAAUAAUGGAGGUGGAUAUGGUGGGUAUGGAGGUGGAUAUGGAGGUGGAUAUGGUGCACCGUACGGCUACGGAUACCAGCCGGGUUAUGGUGGUGGCUUUGGUUCACACCAUCACCAUCAUGGAUUUUUCUGA